AAAUUGGAAGUCUGUCUCUCACAAACACAAAAUCAAGACGGGCACCGUCGCCAGCGACAAGACUUGCAGAAAAGCAAAUCAGCGACACACCCUUUCUUUCUGCUCCUUCUCUUUCACUUCUCUCUUAUCAAUCCGUACGCUCAGAUUGUUACCUCUGUUUCCCGCCGCCGAUACAACACGCUUCACCGCCGUCGUCAUCAUCAUCGUCGUCACCAUCAAUCGCUUUCUCUUCUCUUCACACGAUCUGAAAACCACACCUUCCUUUUUCUCUCCAAGAUGGUGCUGGAAUUACUUGCCGCCAACACCGCCUGCCUUCCUCUCGACCUUCUCGUUCUCGAUGUAGCUAUGGCUUCCAUCAAUGGCCUUCUUGCUUUCGUCGCCUUCUGGCAGCUAAUCAGAAUUCACAUGCGGAGUCAACAGGACGGAUGGACACGUCAAAAAGCACUCCAUCUGAUGAUAGGCUCAUCUAACUUGGGCUAUAUGAUCUAUUUCAUAUUUGCACUUGUUGCUAUUAUUCAGCUCUGGCACUGCUGGUCUCAUGUGUUUGGAUUUGUCCUCAUGGCCUUCCCUAAAAUACUGUUUCUUGCUGCUUUUCUCCUACUUCUUUCUUUCUGGGUCGACCUUUGCCAUCAGGCAAAUGAUGAAGAGGAUGACGAUGAAGAUGAUGAAGAAAAUAACAUUCGACAGGCCUUAUUAGAAAAUUCGAAGAAUAAACCUGGUUCAUCAAAUGUAGAUGGGCAUCGAAGAUGUUGUGGAUUUCCUGCUAUGCAUCUUGGAAGUAGGCAAAAAAUUGUAAUUAUGGUUGUCAUGCUGGUGUUUUUACUCAUGGUCGCAGUUUCUAUUCUGAUCUGGAUUGGGGCAGGGAGAAAUCCUAUUGAUUCUACAGCUGUUGCCAGGGUGUAUGAAGACUUUCUUGCUAUUACAGUCCUCCUAUCAGGAGGAGCCCUAGGCUUCUAUGGUUUUAUGUUAUUUUACAGAUUGAAAAAAGUACGUUCUGAGGAAGCUUCUUCAGAGAUGAAGAAGGUUGGUGGUCUAGCAGUUGUCUGCGUUGUAUGUUUUACAUCAAGUGCUUUGGUAGAUCUUCUUACGGAUAUUCCUCUUUCGUAUAAUUGGCGGUUCAAGAGAACAAAUGGAGUAAAAGCACUAGUCCUUUUGAUUUUGUACUUCUGCAUGGGUUCUUUGAUUCCAUCAGCAUUUUUAUUGUGGAUUAUGAGAGAGUUGCCACCUCCUAAGAAAAUUCAAAGACAAGAAGAAUCAAGAGCAAUUGCUUUUAUAAGCCAUGGGGCAGCUGAUGUAAAUCCUCAGGGUUGGACUGCUGUAGCUCGUUCAAAGAAUCAGGCAUCCAGAGCAAGUCCCAUAUAAUGAAAACAUUUAAGGAGACGCCACUGAUUAAGGGGUUGCUUUGUGUUACAUGAAUGAAAUUAUGACCAGAGAUACAGAGAUACAAAGUUCUAACUUACGGGAUGGAAAUUAAGAGUUUGACCAAGAGCUGUGACGCCUGUACAUUUCGACAAAAGUUGAUGACUAACAUCACAUGUCCGAGUAAUCAAACAAUGCAGCCCCGCAGACCCACACAUACACACACAUAUAUAUAUAAAUAUAUUGAGGUUUUUAUUUAUUUUGCUUUCUUUUUUCCCCGGCCUUCUGCACAUAGUAGCCAAGGAUUUCACGCUUUCUUUGAUUGUGGAAAAACGUUGUACAAUUUUUGCUUCCAUAGAAGCUUGAAGUUUUGCAGAUUAUGUUGUAAAAUUACACCCUUCUGUCUGUACCCACCCUAGUUGUUCUGAUGGAAAACUUACAUUACAAUGGUUGAGUUUGAUAACCCAAGGGUAUAUACAGUAAUUAGCAAUUUUCUAAUUUAUGAAUUUAGAAAUUUCUCCA